CCUUCCAUUUCAAGUAAAGCUCAAAAGACUCUGCCUUUCUUCUCUCCUCUCUUCACUAUAAGCUAAAAGGAAGCUCCUUUCUUUCACCAGACCUUCCCUCUUCUUGUUCACAGCCUUAAAGUUUCCAACUUUUUGCUUCAGUUUCAACAGAGAACGCUAAGUAAUGGAGCCGGAGUCAUCACCGCCGGAGCUGGAUCCUGAAUAUCAGUGGGAUGAGGAGUUAGUGGAAAGGUGCUUGAGUCAUGCUACAGAGACAGCUACUGGGAUGCUAGAUCUCUCGGGUCAGGUGAGAGAGUACAAGGAGAUGAUGGUGGAAUCCGUGAGGAAACAGUCUCUGGAGAUGGAGGAGAAAGAAAAGGAAUCUGAUUUGAGACGGUCUCUGGAGGCGGAGUUGUUGAUGCUUGUUCUCGAGAUGCAGAUGGUUGAAGAGGUGGUAGAGAGAGAGUUUCGAGUUAGGGAAGAGAAGCAUGAAGAGAGGGAGAAGGUGGUUAGGAAGCUUGGUGAGAACGUUCAAGAGAGAUGUAAUGAGAUGGAGAAGAGGGAAGAGGAGUUUCAACUCAAAGCCAAAGAUGUUGAAGUGAAGAGGAAGGAACUUGAGCUAAAGGAGAAGAGGGUUGAAGAGAUAAUGAGUGAGGUUGAAGCAAGGGAGAAGGCUCAAAGCUUGCUUGAUGAAACCAUCAAGGAGAAGACUAAUGAGCUUGAGAAGAGGGAAGAGCAGUUUCAGCUCAAAGCCAAAGAUGUUGAAGUGAAGAGGAAGGAGCUUGAGCUAAAGGAGAAGGAACUUGAAUCAAGGGAGAAGAGGGAAGAGCAGUUCCAGCUGAGACAAGACUCAGAGGCCAAAGAGAUUGAAGCCAAGAUGAGGUCUCUUGAGCGCAAAGAGAAGGAGCUUGAACGCAAGGAGAAAGAGUUUGAGGAGCUAUCAAAACAAACUAAGAGUAGAAAGAGAACAAGAGAUGGACCUGAGACAUCACUCUUUGCUGAGAAUGAUCCUCUCACUCACAGUGUAAAAAGACUCAAAUCCAUUGGAGAACACAGCCAUGAAGAUAGAGAGAAGGAAACAGAUUUGGAUUGUGUGAUUCUUGACUCCACAGACGACGAUGAAGCUGAUGAUGAUGAGGAUCCCGAGCCAUACAACUGCCUCGACGCAGACUUCAACAACUUCAACAACACGAUGAGCUCUUUCUCCGUGGGGCAAGUUUGGGCUCUCUACGAUCCUCUAGACCACAUGCCUCGACUAUACGCUAAAAUCAAGAAAGUCCUGGAGCUUAAGAUGAAAGUGGAAGUCACAUGGCUUGAGUCAAAACAGAACAGUUCCACUCCCAUCGCUUGCGGUGAAUUCAAGUACGGAGAAAGAACCAUAAAGAGCUACUUGACGUUCUCUCAUUUGAUGGUGGAUCACACUGGCAAGAAGAAGAGCAUCAUCACCAUAAACCCGAGGAAAGGCGAGACGUGGGCUCUCUUCAGAGACUGGAAGAAGCAGCAGCAAAAGCGUCCGUACGGUUACGACUUCGUCCAAGUUGUCUCUGAGCUGGACAGUGGAGGCAUUGGAGUGGCGUACCUAGGGAGAGUGGAAGGGUUCACGUCGGUGUACGAGCUCGGUGAGCAGAAUGGAGUCUUGCAAAUGAUGGUGAGAUGUGAUGAGAUGCUUAGGUUCUCGCAUAGAGUCCCGUCUUUUGUAUUGACUGGAGAUGAAAGAAAAGGAGUCCCAGCUGGCUCUUUCGAGCUAGACCCUGCUGCUAUUCCGAGAGAUUAUCUUGAGGCUUCUGAGGUUAAACAAGAGGAGUAGAGGGGAGGGGGCAUAGUUUGAGUUUAGUGCAAAGAAGGAACUGAUUCUAUAUGUCUUUUUAUGUUUUAAUUUGCUUUGUCAAACAUAAACAUGAGUCUUUUGUAAUCAUGAAUUUCAUUACAAGUCCAUCUUCUUGCUCUCGUUUUUUCUUA